GCUACCGAAGCAGCAGCAGCAACAAGCUAACCUCCAGCAGCUAACUCGGUCGGGGGGGGGACGAGGCGUGUUAACAUGCAAAAGUUUAGAAACCCCGAACUUCGCCUCGACUAGUCACCAUACUAACGUUUAACGAGACUCCAUAAGACCCUCUAAAACAUGGACCAUAGCUCGUUUUUGUAAAUAGUUGUUUUUUUGUAGUUCGAAGCUUUGAAUGUGUGAAAAGUCGCUCCGUGUCCUCCUCGUCGUUGAACAAGAUGGCAGCAGCAACAGUAGCCCCGUUGCAGAGUUUAACGGUGGUUCGGCUGUUUGUUGCUAGUCUGCUCUUCCACACUCUGAGGGAUGCGUUUCACUCUUCCUACUGAAGGUAUGGCCUCGCAAAUAUUGGCCUACCCAUCACACCUGCACUCAGCUCAAACAAGUGCCUUAGGAAAGAGCAACAGUGAUACCAGCAGACACGCAAGCGAAGCCCCCCGCAGUCAUAACACCAGCAGAGCCUUCGAGCAACGACCCCCGCCCAAGCCAUAUGUGAUUGGAGUCAACUACGGAAUUGCAUUGCCCAAUAACGUUAUCCCAUCUUCAGCUGGUUCUGACCCAGGAAGGCCAAACUUGGGGCCACCAGUUGUUAAAACGGAGAGACCGGCUGAGUCCCAGGAUCACCAGAUUUCUAAGAGGGAAGCUGGAGGCUUGGAGUGUGGGUUACUGACUAAAGCCUGUUUAGGAGCAGAGGGGGAGGAGGGCGAAUACAGAAGAGCUCAAGUAAGAGGAGGUUACAACAGCCUUCUUGAUUCCGGUGCCUCCCAGAUAUGUGAACAGAAGGCAGGUGAAGGUGGGCAACGACAGCGGGAGAGCAACACCAUCAGAACCAUGCAGAUAGUGGAGGACGUACCUGCUAUGCCAUCACUUCCUCUACCAGUGGCCAUGUUGCAGACCAACACUGGGAACAAUGCAGACCCUGCUCGAGUCGGGGGUGGAGGAAAUCUCACCACUCAGCACAGCAGAGCCGAGGCGGCGACGGGCGUCGGCGUGGCAGCCGACGGGCCUGAGCCCUCCGGCAAUGAGGUCACGGCAGGCGCCACUGUAAACAGGAAUGGAUCAGGAGACGGCGACUAUCAGCUGGUGCAGCACGAAGUCCUUUACUCGCUGAAGAACAGCUACGAGGUUUUAGAGUUUCUGGGUCGAGGGACAUUUGGUCAGGUGGUGAAAUGCUGGAAGAGGGCGACAAAUGAAGUGGUGGCCAUCAAAAUCCUGAAGAACCACCCAUCCUAUGCACGCCAGGGACAGAUUGAGGUGGAGAUCUUGGCUCGGCUGAGUAGUGAAAAUGCGGAGGAACACAAUGUGGUCCGGGCUCUGGAGUGUUUUCAGCACCGCAGCCACACCUGCUUGGUGUUUGAAAUGUUGGAGCAAAACCUCUACGACUUCCUGAAACAGAACAAGUUCAGCCCACUGCCACUGAAAAUCAUCAGACCUAUUCUGCAGCAGGUGGCUACAGCUCUCAGGAAGUUGAAGGAUCUGGGAUUGAUCCAUGCCGACUUGAAACCAGAAAACAUCAUGCUGGUGGAUCCAUCCAGGCAGCCAUACAGAGUUAAAGUCAUUGAUUUUGGUUCUGCAAGCCACGUGUCCAAGGCUGUGUGCUCCACUUAUCUCCAGUCCAGAUACUACAGGGCUCCAGAGAUCAUUUUGGGUCUGCCGUUUUGUGAGGCCAUUGACAUGUGGUCGCUUGGCUGCGUGAUCGCCGAACUCUUCUUGGGCUGGCCCCUUUACCCUGGAGCACUGGAAUAUGACCAGAUCCGGUACAUCUCCCAGACGCAGGGCCUGCCUGCAAUGCAGCUGCUCAACAAGGGGACGAAGACCACACGUUUCUUCACCAAAGAGUCAGACUCUCCCUACGCCUCCUGGAGACUAAAAACGACAGAGGAGCACGAGAAAGAGACGGGACUUAAAUCCAAAGAGGCCAGAAAGUACAUAUUCAGCUGUCUGGAUGACAUAGCACACGUGAACCUGGUGUUGAGUCCUGAUACUAGCGACAUGCAGGCAGAGAAGGCAGACCGGCGCGAGUUUGUCUCUCUCCUGAAGACCAUGCUGCUGAUCGAUGCCGAGGACAGGACCGUCCCCUCCAGUGUCCUUAAUCACCCCUUCCUCACCAUGACUCAUCUGUUGGACUACCCUCACAGCAACCAUGUUCAAUCAUCGUUCCGCAUCAUGGACAUGUGUCACACCCGGCCCAGCAGCGCCGUCUUUGAUGCAUUGAACCAGAACACCAUUCAUCUGCCCAGAGCCCCCUUAGCUCCAGCUGGGUCCUCUGGCCUUCCAAUGAGCUACGGCAACAUGCAGGUCCAUACCCAGUCGAUAUCCCAGUCUGCCACAUCCUUGUUGCAUCCUGGGAUAGCGCUAACAGGAAGCGGGCAGUUCGGGUGCAAUGACUCCUUCCCGCCUGCCCUCCUCCUCUGUCCUCCCACAAUGCAAGGUAACCUUAAUCAGCCGGCAACCUAUCCUGUCCCCAUGGUAACUCAGGCCCCUCCCAUACAACCUCUACCUGUGAGGCCUGGAGUAAUAGCUCAGCAGGCCUGGUCUGGCCGAGGCCAGCAGCUGCUGGUGCCAGCAGCGUGGCAGCAGAUGACUCCUGUGGGGCCCCCACCCUCUCACCCACCUCAACCGCCCCCUCCUGCCCUUACCGGUGACACCACGGCUGGACCACAAAGGAUAGGUGACUGGGGAAAAGCGCGCCCACACAACAGCCACUACAGCGCAGUGAUGCAGCAGCCUCUCCUGACCAAUCAGAUGCCAGCCCUUUCUGCACAUCAGCCAAUCAACAUCGGCAUAGCUCAUGUUGUGUGGCCGCAACCAGCCAAUAAACGGAACAGACAAGGGCACAACCGGAACCUGUCCCACCCUAGCAACGUUCAGGUAUCAGCAUGUCGGUCUCCCAAAAUGGCCGACGUCGUCGGGCAUGCAGUGGCAGGAAGAGGGCAGCCGCAGAGGGAGGCGCCCCUGGUGGAAUCCCGACGACCAGAUAUCCAAAAAACAAAUGUGGAAAAAGAUGGCCCAGAGCUGAAAGAAAACUGCUUUAAAGAGACAACGGCAAGUGGAAACAGACAGUUAGACGCGUCCAGGCAGCCGCAACGCGACGUGGCGGUCCUGAUGGCCGACACGCCGAGUCCGGCUCCCAGCGUGAUCAGCAUCCGUAGCGAUCUGAGUGAAGAAGAGGACCAGGUGGGAAACGAAGGCGGUCAGGGAUGCCAUCUGAAUCAAUGUAAAGGAAAAUGUGGAUGUGAGGCUUGCAGAAACACCAGUGUGUCGAUGGAGAGGGUGUGUUCCCUCAGCAGCCCUGACAGCAGCCUCAGCACCAGUUCCUUCGCCUCCAACUCUCUGCAGUCCAGCCCUUCCGUCUCACCGUGCAAAAGGCCAAACAGCAUGUCUGAGGAUGACGGCCAUGAAAGCGGCUGUGACACGGUGGAAGGCUCGCCCUCAUCGGACACGUCAACAUCCCAGCACAGCAACAGCGCCUACCGUUACCUUGACAACAACCGCUCUCCUUUAGCUGCCGUGUUGGCUCCGCUAACCCCCCCCUGUGAGCAGGACCGGAGCCCCAGAGGCAUCAGGACCAUGAUAGUUCCACCGAUGAGGGUGCAGACCAACAGCAGAACCCACAAGCUGCAGGAGCGAGUCCAGAGAACAGUCUCAGAAUCCUGGUCCCGAUCCAAAGGGCGCUGCAGCCUGCUAGGACAGCAGAGUACUGCCUCCUCCGUCCCCCUCCUGCCAUCCGCCCCCAUCCUGACGCGGCAGCAGAACCACCUGGUCUUUGGUCAGCCAUUCGCCUCCAACCUCGGCAGCAAAGAGUGGAACGGAAACUACGCGCCGCUGCGGCCGCACGCCUACAUCCCCCCCACUGUCCACACACACACCUUCACACACCUGCACCACAGCAGCCCCACGCACACCUCCACCGCCCCCCACACCCUGCUCUCCUACCCCUCCAGCGGGCCCCUCGCCGCCGCCCAUCACCCCAUCCUGCCCUCUCGCCCUCCCCCUCUCCUCCAGCAUGGCUUUGGGCUCUCUCACCCCCAAGGCGGAGCGCUGCUCCACCAGGUCACCCUGGGCAUCAGCGCACACCCCCACCACCCCGCCGCCACGCACCGGCUCCUUCCCUCCCCGACUGUAAACCCCCACCAUCAACCCAGCUACACCCACCACCCCCACCAGUUCAAGCCGCCCUUUCCUGCCCCGCCCCCACCUCACCCAUACUUGGCCUCCCCCGCCGCCUUCACAGGCUUCCACCUGAGCCCCACCAAGCUCAGCCACCACCCCCAGUUCUCCUACAUCUGAGGAGCGGCACGGAGGAGCGGCGCCUCCUGCUGACCAGGAGGCUGAAGGAGAAAUGGGGCGGGGCUGCAACCUGGGCAGGGAGACCCCCCCCCAGCAGAGCACAACACGAACACUUCUGUUGAGGAAGAGGAGUGUUUUUAUUACCUGGAUGAAUUAAAGAAGUGAUUUAAAGAACGUUUUCUGUAAUUGACGGGUUUGUCUCUUCAAGCAGAGACUUCCUGUUGGGAGACUUUCCUCUAAACGCGUCUGUUCGUUACCUCCUGUCAACGAUCCGAUCUUAAUAAAGGCUGGAAAUGAUUUUUUUUUCCCUUGUUGGUUGGUUGGGGUCGUUCAGCCUCCGUUCCCUUUAUCUGUGUUGCCUUGCAGCUCGGAUCUGCUGGUUCGGCAGCGCAAACCCGGAUCCAAGUCUCCUGUUAGUGUGACCAGUUCCUACUAGUGCCUUAACCUUCUUCUCCAGUCUUUGUCACUUCAGGACGGUUUAGAUUGUAGGUUUGAAUUGAAAUGGGCUUGCAGCACUUAACCUCCAGGCUCUGAA